GACCUCUCAUUAAUAUUGUUUUCCAACUAAUUCCAAUCCUUAUUUGCAUUUUAAUUCGACGACUGUCAUUCUCUUAAUUCCGUCGUUUCCUGAUAGACACACCUUGGUGUUUCAGGUCCUCUCAUUUCGGAAUCUCGACACCGAAUCUACCAUUAAUCUUCGACAACCGGAUAACUUAUCGGAGGAUAUUGCAAGCAUGGCUUAUCAACAACGUCACGCUCACAAAUAUCAACCGUGCGAUAGCUUCUUCGUGGAAACAUACGAAGAUUUCCCUGCUCCUCACAUGGAUCCCAAGGAACACGCAAAGCUCAUUGCUCGGGAACGUCAAUACGCCAUGGCAGACGAGCUGUCGAGACAGGCUAGCGAGGAGUACCAGGAUGAUAUCCUGAGCCACAUGCUUGAGAUGGAUACGGCUACGCUUCCCGAUGUCGACUCGAUUGACAUUCAAACGGAGAUCCAGUGGUUCAUGCGCCCGUAUCUGCUUGACUUCUUGAUCGAAGCGCACACCGCAUUCCAGCUCUUGCCGGCCACUCUCUUCCUGACCAUCAACCUCCUCGACAGAUACUGCUCGAAGCGUGUUGUGUACAAGAGACAUUACCAGCUCGUUGGCUGUGCAGCACUCCUCAUCGCCGCCAAGUACGGAGACAAGAAGGACCGUGUUCCCACAAUCAAGGAGCUGAAGUCGAUGUGCUGCUCUCUGUACGAUGACGACAUGUUCAUCCAGAUGGAGUGGCACGUUCUGCAGACGCUGGGAUGGACCAUUGGACACCCGACUGUCGACAGCUUUCUUCAGAUCGCCGUCAUCGAUACUCCCUACGACCCGGAAGUAGAGCAUCUUGCACUGUACAUCCUCGAGAUUUCCCUCUUCCACCGGGAGUUCGUGUCCAAGCCUUCGGCUGACCUUUCCAGGGCAGCCUUGGCUCUCUCUCGCUGCAUCCUGAAUCGGCCUCAACCUCGUCACACCGAAUGGGCUGCGAACUACGAUUCGAUGACCUUGGUUGGAUUGUCUCAGCAGUUGCAUCAACCGUCACAAGUGUUGGCCCGGAAGUACUCUUCUGCCCAUUACUCCCGCGUCUCGAAGCUUCUCGAGCAGUUCCUCGCCCGCCAGGCCUCCAUUGCCAGUUCGUACACUCCACCUUCGCCGCCUUCGGAAGUCCCAGAGAACUCGAAGCCUUACAACGGAGAGAUUGGUUUGGCCACUCCUCAGAAGCAGCAGUAUUCUGGAAACAUGCCUAAUGGAUAUCUCACCCCGCCAAUCACGCCUGAGAAUGAGGCAUUUACCAACGCCCAAGCGAAGGGGGUAGCUAACCCCUGUCCUCCCUCUCCCACCCCGCCCCCGACCGUCCAAUACUCGAAUUCACACGAAUAUCAAGCUGCGCGUUCUUAUGGGCAGCAGGCGUACCCUCAACAGCCUCAGGUGGGAUUUAGCUCUGCCUUCUAAGCAGAAGCUUCGACAUCAGGAUAUGCGGUGGAACGUUGGAAAUCCCGAGCGUAUUAAAACUGCGUAUUAAUCUUGUGGGCCAGCCUGAUUCGCUGACCCGCAGCGUUCAUACUUAGAGGAUCUAUGUGUCCCUUGCUAUUCUUCUAAUCCAUGAUA